GGGCGAAAAAUGGGAUUUUUGGGUAGAAAAUGGGAAUUUUUUGGUGUCUCUGAUAUUGUACCCCAUCCUGAAUUUGUUUUUUUCCCGAUUUUGGGGUUUUUGCAGCAAAUGGAGCGGUUCAGGGUGGCGAUUUAGGGGAAAAAAACGGGAUUUUUGGGGGCAAAAUGGGAGUUCUGGGUGAAAAAAAAAGGGAAAUUUGGGGCAAAAAAUGGAUUUUUGGGUAGAAAAUGGGAAUUUUUGGUGUCUCUGAUAUUGUACCCCAUCCUGAAUUUGUUUUUUUCCCGAUUUUGGGGUUUUUUGCAGCAAAUGGAGCGGUUCAAGGUGGUGGAGAGGGAGACCAAGACCAAGGCGUACAGCAAGGAGGGGCUGGGGCUGGCGCAGAAAGUCGACCCCGCGCAGAAGGAGAAGGAGGAGGUCGGCCAGUGGCUCACGAACACGAUCGACACGCUCAACAUGCAGGUGGAUCAGUUCGAGAGCGAGGUGGAGCUGCUCUCGGUGCAGACGCGCAAGAAGAAGGGCGACAAGGAUAAACAGGACGGAUCGAGGCGCUGAAGCGGCAGGUGGAGCGGCACCGCUUCCACGUGCGCAUGCUGGAGACGCUGCUGCGCAUGCUGGACAACGACUCCAUCCCCGUGGACCCCGUGCGCAAGCUCAAGGACGACGUGGAGUACUACGUGGAUUCCUGCCAGGAGCCCGACUUCGAGGAGAACGAGUUCCUCUACGACGACCUGGACCUGGACGAUAUCCCGCAGGCUCUGGUGGCCACGUCCCCCCCCAGCCACUCGCAGAUGGAGGACGAGAUCUUCAACCAGAGCAGCAGCACGCCCACGUCGACCACGUCGAGCUCCCCGAUCCCCCCGAGUCCGGCUGCCAACGCUGAGAACUCGGAGGACGACAAGAAGCGCGGCCGCUCCACCGACAGCGAGGUGGGACAGUCUCCUGCCAAGAACGGGGCCAAGCCCCUCCCCCACGGCCACGCCCCCUCACCGGCCGCGCCCCCUCCAUUCCCCGCCCCCUCCUCUGGCCCCGCCCCCCUCGGCUCCGGCUCCGCCCAGGGGGCGGGGCCUGGGGGAGGCUCCCAACCCCCCCAAAGCGCGGGGGGGCCCCAAGGGGGCGGGGCCGGGCCCGGAGGGGGCGGGGCUCACCCGCCAAGCUCCACCCCCACCCCAUACGCCCAGGCCGUGGCUCCGCCCCCGGCUCCGCCCCCCAGCGCGCCCCAGCCCCGCCCACCCAGCGCUCAACAGGCCGGGAAACAGAACGGGGGCGCCACCAGUUACAGCUCGGUGGUCGCGACAGCGCCUCGGAGCCGGGGCUGAGCGUGGGAGGGGCCCAGCCCCCCCUGGGGCAGCCCCCGGGCCACGGGACCCCCGGCAGCGCCGCGAAGGACCCGGCCCCCGCCCCUCCCCCUCCGGCCGCGGGGG